GCUGACGCUCGUCGUAGCAGAGAUUUGAUUGGCUGAGCGGAAAGCCGCGGUAGACACUCUGCCUCUCUGCGCUGUGUUGAUGAUCUCUCGCGCUGCGGUCGGGGUUGAAGUUUCGUCCUUUGAGAGCACAUGUUCAGAUCCCAUGCACCAUGCUCGAUCCCUUAGAAAAUGGCCUGCUAGAUGUCCCAGAUUAUGAGCACACAGAGGACGAGAGGUUCCCUCCUCUGCCUCCUCCAUCAUCUCCUGGUCGGGGAGAUGUCGAGGAGGAUCCUUUUGGAAAUGCAGAGGGUGAGGAGGACGGAGAUGUGUCAAAACUAGCGGAAGUGCCAGUGGCAAAAAGACGAACCGUGAAGGGGCCUCGGCCUAAACUGGAUGCAAACAGGUUGAUUUCUGAGAAGGGUCUUCCAGCUUUGCGUACUUUAUUUGAUGAUGUUAAGUUCAAAGGAAAAGGGCACGAGGCAGAGAAUCUGAAGCUCCUCUUGCAGAAAAUGGAAAACUGGGCCCAUCGCCUGUAUCCUAAAAUGCAGUUUGAGGAGUUCAUUGAUAAAGUGGAGAGUCUGGGAAGUAAAAAAGAAGUUCAGACAUGUCUAAAACGAAUUCGAUUGGACAUGCCAAUAACACAUGAAGACUACGUUGAGGAGGGUGAGGGUCGAGUACCGGAAGAGUCUGAUCCAGUUGGAGAUGAAGGUUUCCCUGAAGAUCCGUUUGUCCAUUCUACUCCUGCUCCAGCCUCUCUCACUGAGGAACAGCAGCGGCGCAUAGAGCUCAACAAACGGCUGGCUCUGGAGAGGAGACUUGCGAAGCAGAAACAGCUAGAAUCCUCUCAGAAUUCCCUCCAGGAUGCAGAUGCAGAUGAACCAUCAACCAGUUCUUCAGGACAGUACCUCAGUCAAGAGAAUCAGGCCACUUUCGAACAGAGCACCUCAGCACAAACGCCACUCAAACAAAAGACAACUGCUUUUCAGAAUUCCCCUUUAUAUGAUAAUGAGUGUGCUAGUCCAGUUCCAAAUGGCAUAGUUGAUGAUGAUGAUGAUGAUAGCAAUUGAACCAAUCCUCCCCUUUUGUACCGAGAGGACUAUGAAUAAAUUAAGUCUUUUUGAGAAGGGCAACGGCAGUCAGUCGGGCUUUUUCACAUUUAACCGUAUAAAAUCUUCAUCUUUUGCAUCUCAUUGGCAUAUUUUGUAAUGCCAGCCUUGGGCAUGAUCACCAUUAAUGAUCUUAUACAUACAUUAAUCUAGUUCAGCGUGCUUGCAUUUUGUCAUAUCUUUUAUCCUCUGUGAGGAUUUUGAAAUAUAUAUUUGCUCAAAUUCAAAACAUUUCCCGUCAUUUUAUUCUCAGGUUCACAGUAAGCUCAGUGUGAACCUGAGAUUAAAAUCACCACUUUCUUAUUAUUGGCUAGAGUUUAUUAUAAUGUCCUAAUGUAAGUUCACAAUACUACAGGACAAAGAGCUUUUGAGGUUGACCCAUUACUUUUUUUUUUUUUUUUUUUUUUUGAAAAUGCCAGUUUGUCAUCACCUUCUAAUGUUACUGUCAGUUAUGUUUAUCCCUGUUCUCUUAUUUCAGUGUCAAUUUUUCUGAAUAAAAAUGUAGAAAACC